GGAGCCGGGCUGAGGCGGAGCGGGGCGACCGAGGGGCCGGCGGCUGGGUUCGAUUUCCUGCUCAGUGGGCGUCGUUUGGGGCCCCGGCGGGCCCCGCCCCCGCACCGCCCACCCCGGCCCCCGGCUGUCACUCAAGGCGGCGGGCUGAGGCCGGCGGCAGCGGCGGGCGGAGAGAAAGGCAGCUACGCCACAGCCCAGCGGCGGCCAUUCGUGGAAAAAUAGGCCGUCCCGCUCCUCCCAGCUCCGGCUGCGACCGGCCUUCUCCCCGCUACCCCCACCCCACCCUCCGCCUCCUCCUCCUCCUUCUCCUCCCCCCUAGAGCGGCGCCUCAGCGGGGCAUUAAUGCGGGAUGAGCGAUCAAAAGAAGGAGGAAACUAUGCCCACAGAGGGAGAGAAAUCUCCCGAGGCAGAGAAUAACAACAAUAAUAAUAAAAAAGGGAAAACUGGAGGCUCACAGGAUUCUCAGCCUUCACCUCUUGCUUUGCUAGCAGCUACUUGCAGCAAAAUAGGAACUCCUGGUGAGAAUCAAGGAACUGGACAGCAGCAGAUUAUUAUAGACCCAAAUCAAGGUUUGGUGCAGCUUCAGAAUCAGCCCCAGCAGUUGGAAUUGGUAACAACUCAGCUUGCUGGAAAUGCUUGGCAGCUCGUUGCCGCUGCUCCUUCUGCUUCAAAAGAAAAUAAUGUUGCUCAACAAGGAUCUUCUGUUGCCUCAAGUGCAGCAAGUCCCUCCAGCAGUAACAAUGGAAGUACAUCUCCUUCAAAAACCAAAUCGGGCAAUUCUUCUACAACGACCCCGGGACAAUUCCAAGUCAUUCAAGUACAAAAUCCAAGCGGUAGUGUCCAAUACCAAGUGAUUCCACAGAUUCAGACAACGGAAGGUCAAAUCAAUCCAUCUAAUGCUACUGGUCUACAAGACAUACAGGGUCAGAUUCAGCUUAUUCCUGCAGGGAAUAAUCAAGCUAUCCUCACAACUGCAAACAGGACAGCUUCGGGAAAUGUUAUUGCUCAAAACCUAGCAAAUCAGACAGUUCCAGUCCAAAUUCGGCCUGGUGUUUCCAUACCGCUGCAGCUGCAAACUAUUCCUGGUACUCAGGCGCAAGUUGUAACAACGCUACCUAUAAACAUUGGUGGGGUAACCCUGGCGUUGCCUGUGAUUAACAACGUUGCCACUGGAGGAAGUUCAGGGCAAGUUGGCCAGUCUACUGAGAGUGGAGUUUCCAAUGGAAAUCAGCUGGCGUCUACACCUGUCACUUCCGCCUCUGGUAGUACCAUGCCAGAGUCUCCUUCCUCAUCUUCCACCGCUACAACCACUGCCUCAACAUCUCUGACUAGCAGUGACACACUGGUAAGCUCUGCAGAAACAGGCCAAUACACAAGCACAGCAGGCAGCAAUUCAGAGCAGGCGACUGAAGAACCUCAAACAACUGCUAUGGACUCCGAAGCCCAGAGCUCCAGUCAGCUUCAGUCCAAUGGACUACAGAAUGUCCAGGAUCAGUCAGGUUCCCUUCAGCAGGUCCAGAUCGUAGGGCAGCCUAUUCUGCAGCAGAUACAGAUCCAGCAGCCUCAACAGCAAAUUAUUCAGGCCAUUCCUCCACAGUCAUUUCAGCUCCAGUCAGGGCAGACUAUACAGACCAUCCAGCAGCAGCCUUUGCAGAAUGUUCAGCUGCAGGCAGUGAGCCCAACUCAGGUGCUCAUCAGGGCUCCAACUUUAACACCAUCAGGACAGAUCAGCUGGCAAACUGUGCAGGUUCAGAAUCUGCAAAGCCUUUCAAAUCUUCAAGUUCAAAAUGCUGGGUUACCCCAACAACUAACCAUUACCCCUGUGUCUUCAAGUGGUGGCACAACCAUUGCCCAGAUUGCUCCGGUGGCUGUUGCUGGUACCCCCAUCACUCUGAAUGCUGCCCAGCUUGCUUCAGUACCUAAUCUUCAAACAGUAAGUGUUGCCAACCUGAGUGCUGCAGGUGUUCAAGUUCAAGGAGUUCCUGUUACCAUUACCAGCGUUGCGGGUCAACAGCAAGGACAGGAUGGAGUAAAAGUACAGCAAGCCACAAUAGCUCCUGUAACCGUAGCAGUAGGUGGCAUUGCUAAUGCAGCAAUUGGUGCUGUUAGUCCCGAUCAGAUAACACAAGUUCAGCUGCAACAAGCUCAACAAGCUUCUGACCAGGAAGUGCAGCCUGGCAAGAGACUGAGAAGAGUUGCCUGCUCAUGUCCUAAUUGCAGAGAGGGAGAAGGAAGAGGCAGCAAUGAGCCAGGAAAAAAGAAACAGCAUAUCUGCCAUAUUGAAGGAUGUGGAAAAGUUUAUGGCAAGACGUCUCAUCUUCGAGCACAUCUGCGCUGGCAUACCGGUGAAAGACCAUUUGUAUGCAACUGGAUUUUUUGUGGCAAGCGAUUCACAAGGAGUGAUGAGUUACAAAGGCAUAGAAGAACCCACACAGGUGAAAAGAGAUUUGAGUGCCCAGAAUGCUCUAAAAGGUUUAUGCGAAGUGACCAUCUCUCAAAACAUGUCAAAACUCAUCAGAACAAGAAGGGUGGUGGAACAGCCCUUGCUAUUGUUACCUCAGGAGAACUGGACUCUUCAGUUACUGAGGUUCUUGGUUCUCCAAGAAUUGUCACUGUUGCUGCCAUUUCUCAAGAUUCAAACCCAGCAACCCCUAACGUUUCAACAAACAUGGAAGAAUUCUGAAAGGAUCAUUUAUAUGGACACCUAGUGCUGCACUUAAGUUUACAUACCUUUCAGGAUAUGGAAGUGGGCUGGUAAAGUGGAUUACAGAGCAGGAAAUCUUUUUUUCAGUCAUGACUUCUGUAAGUGUUCCAGGUUGGAGGGUCAGCAUGGGAAGUGUACACCGGUGCAACAAGACAAAAAUUUCAAAAAUACAAACAGCGCAAAUUGAUGACUGGAUAAACAGAUGGAGGAAUAAUAUUUCCAUACUGUACUUUUUUAGUUAUAUGUCUGUAUAUUCUGUAAUGAUUUUAAGUGAACUUUACCCCCCCUAUUUUAGCACUGUAUGUUAAUGUGUUUAUAAAAUCAGAUAGUAUCAGUGUAAAACUGGGUGGACCUUGACUAGGAUUAAUACCAUUUGAUGAAGGCACUUUGUUUUUAAGAUAAAUUUAUAAUAUUUUCAUGAGAGCAUCCUUUUCCCAUAAGGCACAGCAAAAUGGAAUACAGGAUGAACAACAGUGGAUAUAUUUUGGGUUUUUGCUCAGUCCAUACAACACAUCAGUUAAUUUUGGCCAUCUUUUCUCAAGUUUUGGAAUUAUUCCAAUAGCAGCUGGGUGAUGCAUGCUGCAAAGUGAUUCUGAGGUGGGCCUCAGAUUAAUUCUGACUACUACAUUAUAGUAGUGUGUAUAAACGACAAUCAGUGAGUUCUAAUUCCUCUCUUCGUGUGGAGAGCUAGGGUUACGUAGAAUUAGUGUAAACAGUAGGAAAGAUAAAACCACAGAAGGAUAUUAACAUAAGAUUUACAAAAGUAAUGGUAUCUUUAUGUAGAACGAAAAAAAAUUGUGUCAAUUUUUGGUAAUUCAUUUCAUUUUGUAUUUCCCUGCCCAUGGCAAGGACGAUCUUUAAGGUCCCUUCCAACCCAAACCAUUCUGUGGUUCGAUGAUUCUGUAUUUUAAAACAUCGGUGGCCCAUUUUUUAACUCAUAGAUAACUUGAAUCUUAAAAACUCGACCUUAGGUGUUUGAAUGUUUUAAUUUUGUUAGAAUUCAUGGAAAUUAAUCAGACAAUUGAGUGUUGUAGCUCAUUCUCCAGUAUCUCCUCUCUGUAAAUACUAGUUUAUUAUGUUGUGGUUAAUGUACUGAGUUCUUUGUGCUUUGACUUAAUAGCCAAAGAAAAAAACUAAUUUUUUAAUAAAAAAAGAAGCAAGUAAACAUUUUCUCUUUUCCCCUAAAUAUUACUGUCUCUUUUUUCUCUUCAAGGAUAAUAUGAGGGCUGGUAAUAAAUAUCUGUUAGCUAUCAAGUCUUAUAUUGAGCCUCCAACCAUAAAACAAACUGGGAAAAGAGAAAUAUUGUUAUCUUUUUGGGACAUGACUUCUGGUUUCAAAGCUUUGGUUACAUUUUCAGAUGUGACGGUGAAUACAGAGAAAAUGUAAAAUAAAAAAAAAGAAAAAGGAAGAAACAACAAAAAUUGCAUUUUCUAUGUGAAAAUUCCAGUAGGUACAAGGAGGAAAGAUGGCCAAAUAUUUCAUACUCAGGAUUUUUAAUUACUUCCCCUAGGCAUAAAUGUAACCUUUUACAUCUACAGUCAUUUGUUAAUAAAUUCUCAUGACCAAUUUUUAAGGAGAUUUAUACACCAAAAUAUUUUUAAUGUAACUAAAGGAAGUACAGUGCAAGAAGAAUAAGACAUUUUUCUUUCCCCUGCAAAUUAUGAAAGGAAGAAUCUGUGUGGUAGCUGUUGGUUUGCGAGACAUAACAGGUACCCUGUGCAUUCCCUAAAGAGCAUAUACUUCUCAUCUGAACAAUUUAUCAAUCUUGUGGUGUUUUCUGUAUUUUUGAAGCAAAAGAAAUACCAUUGUUUACACUGUGUACACUUUAGGCCAGCCCUUUGUAGCAAAAUACUAAGCUGAGGGUAUUUUAUACUUUCAGUUUACAUAAAAAGCUUUGAGAUUAAAGAAAAACAAUUUUACACUGUGGUUAUAAAUUUCAAGUUUCUUAAAGCUUUUUUAGACUUGUAACAGAGUCUUUAAAUUUUAGUUGGGUUUUGUACAUUAUUUUGUAUAUUUUAUUUAAAGUACUCUUAACUGAUGUAUCUGGAUUUAAAACAUCAGAAUCAAUUAGGUGUUACAUUUAAUACAGAUGAACAUUAGGUAGUAUUAACUGUUAAUUUUAUUAUAUAGGAAAUGAAACGUCAAAUAUAUAUUUUAUCAUUAUGCUUCACAAUCAGUGCUCUACAUUACUUUAUGCAAAGAGGAACUUUCCUAAUGUUAAUAUCAUAUUUCCUAAAAGUUAACCGUUUUGUAAACUGAAUUUACAAGCAUUCUGCACAACCAUUUCAUAUGUAAUUUUUUCAUGCAUACUUAUGUAUGCAGAUAGGAAACUGAAGUAAUUUUUAAUCUGCAAUGAAUCCCUAUUAUAGAUGUAUCCAAAUCUAAAUCUGGUUGGCUUCAUAGCAUCUCAAGUACAUUAACUUGUGUUAGCAGGUGCACAUUUUACCGCUGGAAUUAGAAACAUUCUGCCAGUCUGUUCUGCAUCCCAUUCGGAAUCCACUUUUCUGUCUUAAAAGGAUCGUAAAUUUCAAUGUCCUUUAUUUGACUCAGUGGGAUAUAGCUGUUGUAAGUAAUAGGGCACAGAUGUGCAGUAGUAUCUUGUUUAAUGGCAUUUCACUGUUCAUUCCCUUUGCCACCAUUAACAAUUUUGCUUUAUUGUAAUUAUCAGUGCAAAGUGUAUUUACCAUGGUAGAACUCCAGUGUUAGAAUAGUUUUUUUCUUACAAUAUACUUUCUUUGAUUAGGUUUGUGUAUGUGUUGCCGAUUACAUUAGCAAUUGGUGUUAAGUCAUUAUUUAUCACAUUCUUUCACGAGAGCAGUAAUAAAAGUGUGUAAUCUAGGAGAAAAAGUUAAUUUGUCAAAGUUAAGUAAGCAUGAUGUUUAGGUCCUAUUUUUCAAUUUUAUAACUGUUUUAUUGCAACAAUAUUUGUAUUUAAGUCUUCAUUUUAAUGCCUUGUGGUGUUUUUUUAUGCAUGUCACUGAAUUGUCAUCCCGCAAGAAUUGAUGUGCAGCAUAGGGUAUUAAAUCUACAUAAUGAUUUUGAAACAGAAAAAUAGUUGAUGGUAAAAAUGUAAAUGUUUUGCAAAAAUUCCUUAUAAAAAAAAGUUUUGUAGUAAUAUUUCACUUGUAAAUUUUUCUAAAAAAAAAUGGAAAAGGAAAAAAAUGAGAGUAACGUUUCCCCACAUCUAGAAUUUAGAAAUUAAUUCUGCCAGCAAAGCCUGUAAGGCGUUAAUCUGACACUUUUACAAUGCUGAUUUGUAUAAUUUUUUGGUGGGUUUGGAACUAAAAUCAUGUACAAGUUGUUGCCUGCAAUAACAUUUUGCAAGUAACCUAUUAAAAUUCCCUUGAGUUUAAAAGGUUUCUUCAUUUAAUUGCUUACAAUAUAAAGCUGCAAUAAAUUAUGUUUGUGUGAUAAUCUGUUCAUCAAGGAGAACACUAGAAAACAAAUGCUUCUCAAUGGGGAAAGGUUGGCAGCAGCUUCUGGAUUUAUGUAAUUAAGACCUGUACUUGCUGGUCAGUGUUUCCCAACUGGCAGACUCCCAGCAGGGAAUUAAACCAGCAGAUUCUAGCUCAGCAUGAAUUCUGUGGGGUUUGUUCAGCUCUUGCAAAUGGAAGCUACGAUUAUUCCUGAACACACCAAAGGAAUAACCAAAGGGAAAAAUUUCCUAAGGUAAGGAAUAUGUUCAUACACACACACACACACACACAGAUAAAAUACAAAUUUAGAAAACUGAAGGUAAUUCAGUUUGACAGAGAUGAAUAAUAGAAGUGUCAUUGUAUUGCACAUAUGGAGUGAAUAUAACAAGAAAUGGAAACCUGAAAGUAUUGACUUCAGCUCAUAGAAAAUAUAUUGAGCUUUUCUUAGUGAAAUGUCAACAGGCUCCUGCAUUGUGUUAUACUGAAAUAACUUUCAUGGUAUGCGAAAUUGCUAAUAACAAUGUUAUACUAAUUUUUUUUAAUUUUUUUUUUUUAAUGCUAAAAGGAUUUUUAUGGUAGACUUUACCAUACUUUUGCAGUGAAUAAGUAAUACUGUUUCACAAAGGAUGAAAUACAUAGAGAAUCACAGGAUCAUUUAGGUUGGAAAAGACCUUUAACAUCAUUGAACUCGACUGAAAAGCUAACACUGCAAAUCCCACCACUAAAACCCAUCCCUAACCACUACAUAUACACAUAAGAAGGCCACUUUCCUCCAUUUUCCAAAAGAUGAAUUUAAAAUUUGGGACUUCUAACCUUGUACUGCAAAACAGAAUCAUCUUUCCUAAAUGAGAUAUAAAAUACAUAAUCUUUAUUAUAUGUUUGAUUAAAUACCUGUUAAAGUCUCCUAAAGUAACCUCUGUUUGAAUGUCAGACAAACUUACUAACUGAAGUCAAUCUAUGUCGUAAUUCAAAGUAAAUGCAUCUGACCAACUAAUAUGUCUUUACUGGCCAAGUUUUUAGUAUUGUGGCACUGGUGUGUUUUGAAGCAAAUUCUACGUUACUGAUAAGAGACUAGUCCUCUGCCUAUACCAUUUUAAAUAUAAAGUAUCAGAAAAUCUAACAAAUCUUGACACAAGGAGAAAUGUUCAUGUUGCGUUUUACCCUUUUAGUCCUUCAAAUGUGAUCAUUCUAGUCUAAGAAGCAAGAAGCGUGAUACCAAAUUGAGUAUUUCUAUCUGCAAAUGUAGAUUCACUACCUUUGCUAAAAUUAUCUAAAAUUACAUUUUAUAUUUAUUCCAUUAGUUUUGUUCUCUGUCUGUCUAGGUAGCAAAUUUCAGGAUGGGUUUUUAUCUAUAAGCACUAUUAACAUUUAAUUCAUAUUGAACUUCCUAAUGCCUUCCAUGCCCCUGCCUCCCAUUCAUUUUCCUUUCCCCAAAGCUACUUGCAUGAUUUCCUGAUACCCUGAGAUUUGUCAAUGAAAAUGGAAGUGCUGUGGGGACCUAGAGCUGGCACGUGCUAUCUUUGUUUGCUAGAAUACCUUCCAUAGAGAGAGGACAGCAAGAUACAUUUUCUAGAGCAGCCUCACUGAAAAUGAUUGGAGGUUAUCAUGGGUGGGUGGAUUGACACUGUGCCCAACUGCUGUGGAUGUCAUGAUGGGCACUUUUCUGUUCAGUUUAUUAUGGUUUGUUUAGUGGUUUUCGUAGCAAGUACCAAAAAUUACGUACUUCUAAAUUGCCAGGUCAAAGAACAUAGGCAUUUCUCUGACUUACAUGAACAGCAGUGUGGAAUGUAAGAUUCAUAAUAUACAAGUUCAAAGCUAUAUCUAUCAUUUCUACUUUUGUGUAUGGAAAAUGCCUAGCCUUGAGCAUUUAAUAAUUUCUUUACAAUAAUAUUUUAGCACAACCUUUUAAAAUAGAAUGUUUCAACCUUUAUAGUUUGUCCUAGGAAGGAGAAACUGUUCUUAACUGAAGUGUAUUGGAGACCAUAAGUAUUCAGAGAUUUCUUUGCCAGAUACACAUUUGACAGCAUUUCUGGAACUUAUCACUUUCUCUCUUGCCUCUGUCCCCUCUUGCAUCUGUGCUGUAUUCUAGCCUAGGUUGCCAUUAAGACCUCUCUUACUGCACUUUCAAAUGCUAUAGCUUCUUAUUUGAAUAAUCUCUUGCUUCUUGCUAAACACAUUGCAGAAACACAUAGACCAGACAAAAGAAGUACUCUUGCUUAAAUAUUUAUAUUGGAAAACUCCUUCGGGAAGUAUUUCAGUUGAAUGAGGUCUCUGUUGCAUCCCCACAUAUUAUGGAAGCUUAGUCCAAGCUAGAGUUUAAAAUAAAAGUUUGCAGGGCAGAGAGUGUUUCUCAAAAUAUGUUUGUGCUGCUAGUCUACAAUUCUGUUAAACAUUAAUUUUAUGCUCUUUUAAGUUCAAUGCAUAGCUUUGUGUCACUUGUAUGUGUUUUAAAGGAAAGUCUUGGGCCAAAUUCCAGGAAGAACCCAAUCUCAAAGUUGGCUGACUUUUUGGUGUUGACACAUUUGUCAAAGUUUUGAAAGAUUUUUAAAACUACUGAAAGCAAGCAGUAAGAGAAGCAAACUCUGUAUAGAUGUACAUAUACUAUGUAUAGGCACAUUCAGAUUUUUUUUUAAAAGUAAUUGAAUUAAUGAGGUAUUGAUUUACUUUCAUAGCUCAACUUACUAACUUGAACUGAUGCUGAUAGGUAAUAUGUGUGUCUGCUAAGUGAUGCAUAUACAUCUUUCAGGACUUAAAGAUUCUUGAGUUUGUACGUCAACAAUUAAAACACGAUCCUCUUGCUCCUUUUAGUCAGUUCUACUUCAGUCUUACAAAUAUAGAUUCUCUGCUUACAGUUUUAAAAAUCUAAGGGAUUAAUAUACAAAAUUACACAGCUGGGUGGAAAAAAGCCAAGAAAGUGAAAGUCAAACCAAGUGAAGUAAUUUUUUCUAGUCACGCAUUUUACUUUUGUAUUACUGUAAUUUUUGCUUAGGCAUGCCAGAUUUUUCAUCCUCUUAUGUCGGUUCCUAACAGGAAGCUUUCAUAACUAGAUGUGGAAGAAGUGUUUCUUUAGAGAAAGAAAGGUAGCUAGAGCAUAAACAGUAUUCUGGUUGGUAUACCUUUUCCCCCUAAAGUCUUCAGUUUCUGACAGCAGUCACUAAAGCCUACUGCUGUUCGUAAAGAGAAAAUAAGUCAAGAUAAUUGAGGGAGUCAAGAAUUACCUAAGAAUGGGAUGAGAGGGGUGAUAAAAUACUUAAUUAGCAAAAAAAAAAAAAAAAAAAAAAAAAAAGAGUAAAAAAUAGGAGACUGAGGAACUAAAAGAAACCUGAAUGGAAUCUAAAAUGAUACUGCAGGAGCACAAAAAGCAGUAGUUACCAUGUUGAGCUAGAAGGAGGUGGAGAAUAGGUAAUAUUUUUCCUUUGCAAAUAUACAUUUUUUGUGCUUUUGACACAGCACUGGUCUUGCUUGUGGUGCUGGCAGCUUCUUUCUCUUUUGAACAGAAGUCAUAGAGUACUCAGUAUACUGAUUCACUAUUGAAAGGUCUUUGAAAGUGGAAAUCCUUGUUAGUGUUUAUUUUUCUAAACUGCUGGACUUGCAGACCGAGUAGAAUAUGGUUAGAGUCCCCUGGGAGCUGUGCAUGGGCAUAGUAAAUGCCAAUCAUCCUGGAUGUUACCAUCUGUUUACAUUAAGACAAGCAAUCAAUUUUUAGAUUGUCAUAAACCAGAGAGAAUUUUCUACUUACAUAGAAAAAUUCAAUUUCCCUCAGUUUUUUUCCUCUUCCUCUUUUAUAGCAGCAUGAAACUACACAAAAAUAAAGUUGGUAGCCUUGAUGGAAUAAAAAUACUCUGGUUUAAACAAUAAGAGCUUAAGAUAUGAAAUAGUCAUACAUUUAAACUCCUGCUCUUAAAUAUGAGCAGAACUGAUUUCACUGGCAUCCAACAUCAACUUACUGAAAACAUUCAAAUGGUGCAAUUCAGAUGUAUUGUAGUCAAUAUGACUUUUGCAUUAAAAACAAUCCACACUUCUACACUGGCAUCUGUAAGUCUCACUGUUGCUGAAAUAAAUGACUGAAGCCUCUUCUGAAUCUAAGAUUGAAACUUUUGGGUAGCCUUCUGUUUUUACACUUGCAGCUUUCAAAAGUAGUUUGGCAUUGAGGAUCACCUAGAAGCUGCUAUAAUUGCUACUUAUUAUUGCUAUUUAGCCAGUAAUAAUGAGUGAUCACACUCUUGUUCUUCCUUUAGUUGUGACUGUUCAAUAGCCUCUAUCUUCUGCUUGUUUUAGCACAGUAGUCUGUUAGAAUAACACUGUGUUAGAAUAACAUACUGUUAGAAUAAAGUUUCUCAGUCUUUUAAGAACUCUAGUCUGUAUUAGAUUGUUAUCUAAUUAAUUGGUGGUAGCUGACUGAUCACGUGGCGAUAUGCAUGUAAAGAGUAGAGAGCUAGAGAACAAUGGAGUAUAUAAAGAGGCAUUACCUGCAAAAAUGCUAAAUUUAAUCUUGUCUCUAUUUGAUCUCUUCCAUUCUUUCAAGUUCUGCUUGUGCCCUCCAGGAAAA